UAUAACUGAAUUAGUUUGUUACAAUAUAUUAUCAAACAUGAACAAGCUGUUAUUUAUUGGUUUAGAAGUAAUUUUAAGUGCAAGCUUUGUUGUCGGAGAAAACAAUAAAACCUUUCCAGAUAAUUUUAUGUUCGGAGUAGCUACAUCAGCGUACCAGGUAGAAGGUGGAUGGGACGAAGAUGGGAAAGGAGAAACAAUAUGGGACUAUUUAGUUCACCAUAAACCCACUUACGUAGUCAAUAAUAACACUGGUGACAUAGCGUGCGAUUCUUACCAUAAAUAUGCUGAAGAUGUAGCACUUGCUGCUGACCUAGGAAUAAGGCACUACAAGUUUUCCAUAUCGUGGUCAAGAAUUUUUCCUAAUGGACUUGGCAACGGAGUCAAUCUCAUGGGAGUUUCCUACUAUCAAAACAUAAUUGAACUGUUAGAAAGCUACAACAUUACACCAGUUGUAACUCUUUACCACUGGGACUUGCCACAGCAACUUCAAGACAUCGGAGGAUGGACAAAUCCAAGCAUGGUGCAGUACUUUGUAAAAUACGCUAGAGCUGCUUUUCAAUAUUUCGAUACCGUUAAGUAUUGGGUUACCUUCGAUGAACCCAAACAGAUUUGCCGCGGAGGGUAUGGAACGGAGACUCUAGCUCCUCAAAUAGCCCUCGACGGUGUAGCCGACUACUUGUGUUCCUAUGUAGUCAUAAAGGCGCAUGCUGAGGUCUACAACUUAUAUCGCAAAGAAUUUUCUGAUUUGGAAGGUAAAAUAGCUAUAGUACUCGAUGUACCUUGGUCUGAACCGUACAGUGAUGAAGCACAGGAUAUAGAAGCAGCUGAGAGAAGAAAUCAAUUUGAGGUUGGUUUAUAUGCGAAUCCCUUAGUACACGGAAAUUGGCCUGAGGUAGUCAUCAAUCGAGUUGAAGAAAGAAGUGCCAAUGAAAAUUUUACUAGAACCCGUCUUCCUCAAUUUACAGACGAUGAAAUUGUGUUCAUCAAAGGAUCAUACGAUUUUAUCGGACUUAACUUCUAUGAUACUCGUUACGUGGCAGAUGCCGAAGAAGCCGAUUAUGAAUAUCCCAGCUUUGAACACGAUAUGAGAGCUACCAUAUACGCUGAUGAUGCAUGGUUAAAAGGCAUUAUUGGAGACACGAUUGUAAAAUGGGGUAUCCGAAGAGCUUUAAAUUGGCUAAAAACAUCUUACUACAAUCCAACAAUUCUCAUCACACAAAACUCAAUCGCUACUAAUGGAACAUUAGAUGAUUACGACCGAAUUCAAUCUAUUUAUGAUUAUCUGAAUUAUAUGUUAGAUGCCGUAUAUGAGGACAAUGUAGCAGUUAUUGGCUAUACUUUGAAUUUGCUGGAUGAAUUUGAAUGGAAACUGGGAUACAGUGCCCACGAAGGACUUUUCUCUGUGGAUUUUGAAGAUACCAACCGAACUAGAACUCCGAAGCGUUCUGCUUAUUAUUAUCAACAGAUAGCUACGAGUUUGACUUUACCAGAUGUUCCUAUCGUAUCUUCAACCACAAACCCGACAACAGAAGUUACGACUGCCACCUACACUACAAUCUACACUACAAUAAAGUCAUUAGAAACAACAAAUCCAUCAACAGAAGUUCCUACAGGGUCAUCCACAAUAGAGUCAUCGGAAACAACAAAUCCAUCAACAGAAGUUCCUACAGGGUCAUCCACAAUAGAGUCAUCGGAAACAACAAAUCCAUCAACAGAAGUACCUACAGGGUCACCAACAACAGUAGAACCGCCUACAUCUACACCUGGUUCGUCGUAUGGAAUUAAGCCACAGUCCCUAUUUAUUUUAGCAGUAAUAGUAUUUAUCGAUUUUAAAUUAGCAAAAAUAUUCACUUAAGUAGUACUUCAAGAUAGUUUUCUACAUUUGAUAUUAAAUACUGAUGUAAAUUAUAAAAUUUAGAAAUUAAAAUUAUCAGUAAAUAUAUUACAUUUUUUGUGA